AUGAACGCUAUCGCUAGUCUCAGGACCGCUUUUGUUGCGAAUUUCCCGACCAUUGUGGCGGCUGUUGAUACCACUCCAUACAACAUCACUGCCCCAGUAAGGCGCGUUCAAGCUCCGCCCCCGUAUACGCCUGCUCAGAAGACAUACACGAUCAACCUCGUCCAGCUCAAUGGUCGACGUUUCCAGCUUUCGAUCACCAACGCCACCACCGUUGAUGAGCUGGCCAGAAAGAUACAGGACAGGGAAGGCAUUCCGCCAGAUGAACAGAGGCUUAUCUUCGCGGGCCAGCAGAUGGAACAUUCACACAAUGUUGAAGAGGAUGAGGAGGACACAGAGGGUGGUAAGCCCUUGAAAGAAUACGGCGUUCAGGCAGGCUCUACCAUCCACAUAGUCACGCGCCUUUGUGGCUCAUAG